AUGGCCACAACCCAGGAACAGAUCCAGAUGUUCGGCUACCUGCUGCCGGGCCUGAGCGAGUCCAACAAGAGACCCCCAGCCACGCCGCAACAGCAGAACAACAAGGGAGACGAGUCCGGCAAGGACGGGGGCAAGAGACGACGCACACGCCGAGGACAGGGGGGACAGGGGAGCCGAAACUCGGCCCCAGCAGAGGCGCUGACGAAGGAUGGCGGCAGGCUCCUCAAUCUGAUAUCGCGCAUCCUGCUCCAGCACGAGGACAGCAUCAACGCCGCAAAGAUGGAUCGGGGCUUCACGGUCUUCAUGGCCCAGACGGGGCCGGCAGGACUACUCACCAGCCUCUACAAAGCAAGCAUCGCCUGGAACCAGAUCAAGGACAACGAGCCGGCGAAGAUCACGCAACCGCUACGGAUCACACUGCUAACCCUGAUGAUCGCGGAGCUCAAGGUACGCCUCCAGAAUCUGGAAAAGAAACAGGAAGCCAAGCAACUGGCCAUCAGCGCAGGAUGGCUCGACCAGCAAGACCGGCUUCUGUACCAAAAGUGGGACGCAGAGAAUGCAAAACUGGUACCUCAUCCCACGAUGCCGGGUCUCCUGACGACCGAAGUGAUGCAAACCUUGACGGAGAUCGAGCCGCUCAUCCUGGAAUCCUUGGUGCUGCGUUUCCAUGCGCCGCGAAAGAUCAAGCACACACAGGAGACGGAGAACAAGGCGGUUUUCAAGUUGGAGGUUUCUCUCAGAAGCACAGAAGCGGAUCAACUUUACCAGAGCCUCGCGAAGCUGGAGAACAAUGCAGCAUGGCAGCUCAUAGGAUGCCAGCUCAGAAAGGACGGAAUGCGCCGAUCCAACCCAGUGCAAGAGCUGAUGAAGCUGCUCAGCCAGGGAGGUUCCACCUGCUGGGGUGGGGACAACCACAUGUGCAACACGAUGUGGCUGAGCUUGCAUCACAUCUGCUUCGUGGACGGGGUCUACCAACACCUGCAGCCAAUGCAGGACUCCCGAUUGUUAAUCCUCGAUCCCGACACUGGUCUGCAAACACCGAUCCUACAGGAAACGAUCACCUCCUGGCACGGGGUCAUCGCGGUGCAGGCACUUAUUGAAGCGCCACAAAUGCUGUGGCUCCAAUUGCCGAGGUUUGUGCAAACCGGUGCCCGGGUUCAGAAAGCCAAACAAUCCAUCAGCCUGGAUGUCCAGCACCGUUGCAUCCGUAUACCGGUGUUCGCCUCAACCGAUGCCUCAAGGGAUGAUUCAAUCAAAUGGUGCGACUACCGUGUGAAUGCAGUGAUCUAUCACCUAGGCGCAACAGUCAGUGCAGGGCAUUAUCGCACCAUGCUGUUCCACCCGCAGGCAAACGGGGGCUGGCACACCGAUGACGGAAAGCCAGCUGCUUGGUGCAAAGCCGUGCCGAAACAAGUUGAAAGGAACUGCUACCUGGUGUGUGCGACCAGGCUGGUCAGCAGUGAAGGGCUCUGA